AUGAGUGACAUUAUUAAAGAAAAGCCAGUUGAAGCAGCUUUGGUUGAAGUAGCUGAAUCUUCAGAACUGAAACCAAAGACUGCAAAGGAAUUGGAGAAAGAAAGGAAGAAAGCUGAAAAAUUGGCCAAAUUUAAUGCCAAGAAGGCCAAGCAAGCAGAAUCAUCCAAGACCAAACCUGAGGAGAAGAAACCAAAGAAGGAAAAGAAGGAAACAGCUCAUGUACCCGAGUUUGUGGACAAUACGCAACCAGGUGAAAAGAAAAUAUUAGCUUCUUUAGACGACCCUGCUUUUAAAGCAUAUAAUCCAAAGAAUGUUGAAAGCUCGUGGUAUGCUUGGUGGGAAAACCAAGGUUACUUUCAACCAGAGUUUACUGAAUCAGGUGAAAUAAAACCGGAAGGAUGCUUUUCGAUUCCCUGUCCUCCUCCAAAUGUCACUGGUGCUUUGCACAUAGGACAUGCAUUGACCGUAUCGAUUCAAGAUACUUUGAUCAGAUGGAACAGAAUGCAAGGGAAGACCACUUUGUUCAUUCCAGGGUUUGACCAUGCUGGUAUUGCAACUCAAUCAGUUGUUGAAAAGCAAAUUUGGGCCAAAGAAAAGAAAACUAGACAUGAUUAUGGCCGUGAAAAGUUUGUUGAAAAAGUUUGGGAAUGGAAAGAGGAUUACCAUGCGAGAAUCAAGAACCAAUUCAAGAAACUUGGUGCAUCAUACGAUUGGACAAGAGAAAGGUUUACAUUAAACCCAGAUUUAUCUGAAGCAGUCACUGAAGCAUUUGUUAGAAUGCACGAAGAUGGAACUAUCUAUAGAGCUUCUAGAUUGGUUAAUUGGUCUGUUAAAUUAAACACUGCAAUUUCGAAUUUAGAAGUGGAUAACAAAAACAUUCCAGGCAAAACCUUAUUGUCAGUUCCUGGUUAUGAAAAAAAGAUUGAGUUUGGAACAUUGACCUCAUUUUCAUACCCUGUUGAAAAUUCAGACGAGAAAAUUACAGUUGCAACUACUAGACCGGAAACUAUCUUUGGAGAUACUGCAGUUGCAGUACAUCCAAAUGAUCCAAGGUACAAACAUUUGCAUGGAAAAUUUGUCGUUCAUCCAUUUGUUAAUAGAAAAUUACCAAUUAUUACUGAUGCAGAAGCUGUCGAUAUGGAGUUCGGUACAGGUGCUGUCAAGAUCACCCCAGCGCAUGAUCAGAACGAUUACAGCACUGGUAAGAGAAAUGGUUUGGAAUUUAUAAACAUUUACACCGAUGAUGGUUACCUCAACGAAAAUGCUGGUCCGGAAUGGAAGGGAAUGAAGAGAUUUGACGCGAGAGCCAAGGUUAUUGAAGAGUUGAAAAAGAAGGAUUUGUUUGUUGAACAAAAGGAUAACGAAAUGACAAUCCCGCUUUGCUCGAGAUCCGGGGACGUUAUUGAACCAUUAUUGAAACCUCAAUGGUAUGUCAACCAACAGGAAAUGGCCAAGGAAGCUAUCGCUGCUGUUAAGAAUGGCGAUAUCACAAUUACACCAAAAACAUCUGAAGCCGAGUAUUUCCAUUGGAUGGAAAAUAUUCAAGAUUGGUGUAUUUCCCGUCAGUUAUGGUGGGGUCACAGAUGCCCAGUAUACUUCGUUGAAAUAGAAGGUGAAGAACAUGACAGAUUGGACAAUGAUUACUGGAUUUCUGGUAGAACCCAAGAAGAAGCUUUGAAGAAAGCUACUGCUAAAUUUGGCGGCAAGAAAUUCACUCUUUCACAAGAUGAAGAUGUUUUGGAUACUUGGUUUUCAUCCGGUUUGUGGCCAAUUUCUACUUUAGGAUGGCCACACAAGACCAAAGAUAUGGAAUUGUUUAGCCCAAUGUCAAUGUUGGAAACUGGAUGGGACAUUUUGUUCUUUUGGGUUUCAAGGAUGAUUUUGUUGUCAUUGAAAAUGACUGGGAAAGUUCCUUUUAAGGAAGUUUUCUGUCACUCUUUGGUUAGAGAUGCACAAGGUCGUAAAAUGUCAAAGUCCUUGGGAAAUGUUGUUGAUCCAUUGGAUGUGAUUACAGGUAUUCCAUUACAGGGGUUACACGACAAAUUACUCAUUGGUAAUUUGGACCCUAGGGAAUUAAAGAAAGCUACUGAGGGUCAAAAAUUAUCUUAUCCAAAUGGUAUUCCUGAAUGUGGUACUGAUGCAUUGAGAUUUGCUUUAUGUGCAUACUCAACUGGUGGUAGAGACAUCAAUUUGGACAUUUUGAGAGUUGAAGGUUACCGUAAGUUCUGUAACAAGAUUUAUCAAGCCACCAAGUUUGUUUUGGGUAAAUUGGGCAGUGAUUAUGUGCCUCCUAUGUCAGCUUCACUAACAGGUAACGAAUCACUUGUUGAAAAAUGGAUAUUGCAUAAAUUGACAACCGCAGCUAAAAACACUAAUGAAGCAUUGGAGGCGCGUAAUUUUGGUGAUGCGACAAAUCACAUUUAUAAUUUUUGGUACGACUUGUGUGAUGUUUACAUUGAAAACUCAAAAGCUUUGAUCCAAGAUGGUACACCAGAGCAAAAGAAAUCAGCUCAAGAUACUUUGUACACCAGUAUAGAUGGUGCAUUGAGGUUGAUUCACCCAUUUAUGCCAUUCGUCACUGAGGAAAUGUGGCAAAGAUUACCAAGACGUGAAGGAGACAAGACUGAAACCAUUGUCAAGGCUAAGUAUCCAACUUACAACAAAGAAUAUGACAAUGAUGAUGCGCUCAAUGCGUACGACUUGGUCAUUGAUAUCACCAAAGGUGCCAGAUCAUUGUUGUCUCAAUACAAUAUUUUGAAGAAUGGUCAGGUCUUUGUUGAGUCGGCUAAUGAAAAGAUUUAUAAGAUUGCUUCUGAUCAACAAGAUUCAAUUGUUUCCCUCAUUAAAGGUGUGGAGAAAAUCUCUGUUGUCAAAACAGCACAGGAGGUUCCCUCAGGGUGUGCAUUACAAGCAAUUGGCCCUGACUGUACUGUUCACGUUUUGGUCAAGGGACAAGUUGAUUUGGAUGCUGAAAUUGCUAAAGUCACAAAAAGAUUAGACUCAGCAAGAGAAACAAAGAAGAAGAAUGACGAAGCUAUCAGUAAAUUCACCGAAAAGACCAAACCAGAGGCUAUUCAAAGUGCCAAUCAACGUUUGGAAAAAGUCACUGCUGAGAUUGAGGGUUAUGAACAAACUAUUGAAAUAUUGAAAAAGUUGAAACUUUAA